AUGAUCAAACGAAUCUCGAGUCGUCUUCGACACCAAGUCAAUUACGCUCUGUUAGCGACAGGAAAAGAUAGUUCCUCCCGUUCAACCAAACGAAGCCAUCAACCGAAAUGUACGCUUCAAUCCAAACAAGAUGAGCCAGUUGACGCUAACUUGCAUACACCACCAAGCAGUCCAGCAAACACUGAACACGACCACGACCCUAAUAAACAGGACAACGAUGACAAAGAUGAGCAGUUGUCAUUGGAAUCGUUUUUGAACUGUGAUAUUGAUGAGAAUUUUUUCCGCAAGUAUGGCAAUGGUUCGGCGACAGCCGCCGACCCAACAGCUUCUUCGUCGAUUAAAGGUCGACGUGGAAGACCGAAACGAAAAGUAUCAAAUAGCGAGACUGGUACGGUUCCGAACACCUCAACCACUCACAAUGAUCGUGCCGAAAUUUCACCAGAAAGUUUGUUAUCAGGGCGAUCGCCACGAAAAAGAGUACGUUCCAGUCUGUUGAGACAAUACGACAUCGACAACGGUGGUCAAAUGAUAAACGUGAGUGGUGUUGUGAGGAGGCCAAGAAGGAGGAGGAUUUUCGAUGAAACUACUGUUACAGACAUGGAUUUAUCAGCGCAAAACAGUGGCUCAAAGAACUUUGAGAAAAGCACCACCACGAUAUUACGACCAAAAGUCAAAGUUGAUGAAAUAAUUCGACCAAAAAUAAGAUUACUACAGAAAAGUUUUUUGGCCGCCGAUAGCACAGAUCUGAAGGCGUAUACCGGAGUUCGUAGAUCAAGAAAACAACGCAGGCGAAUUGAAACUGAUAACCGUAAUAGCUGUGGUGUUGAUGUUCAGAUUGCUAAUAAUAAGCAUAAUAAUGCUAGUAGCACAACCACAAGUAAUAAUAGCGCUCGUGAAAGUUCUGUAACUGCGAGUGAUCAGGCUGGAAAUAGUGGCGGUAGCAAGAAAACUGAUGCUAAGUUGAAACAGCCGGACAACAGUGAGUCAAUAUCAACUGAUAAUGAUAAGAUCAGAAGGAAGAGUUUACCGAGAAGGCAUCUCAAAUUGCCGUUGGCACUGUCUUCUGAGGAAUUCGAUCUUGGAAGAAACAUUGCAAUCCCACAACUUUUGUUGAAUAAAAGUUGGAAUUAUUCGAAGCGGUUAAGGAAAUGUCCUCAGAGUGGCUAUUACAGGUUAUUUUUAUUCAAUCUUUAUUGUUGCUUGAUAUCUGAAUCAAAAGCUUGA